AUGACUUGGUACAAAAGCUUGGCCCCUGAGUCCAUUACGUCAUGGAGAGUCAUGAGGUCCAUGUUCACCAGGCACUUUACAGCUUCCCGUCGUCACCCCAAGACUGAGGCGACCCUUGAAGCCAUAGUGCAGAAGAAGAAUGAAACACUGCGCUCAUACAUCGAGCGAUUCAACCAGGAAGCUGUCGAGGUAGAUACCACCGAGCACAUGAAGAAGUAUCUCCUCGAGAGAGGUCUCUUGCCCGGCAGUGAACUUAGCAGAGCCGUAGGCAUCGAGCCUCCCCGCACCUUAAACGAGCUCCUGCAUAAAGCCCAGGCAUACAUCAGAUACGAGGAAAAGCAGGUGGCACACAAUGCCCGCAGCGGACGUAACGCUGGGGAGACCGAGCACUCAAAACGCGAGGACACGAGCAUUUCCCGUCGCAACGGAGACAAACGAAGGGAAGAAGGACCUCGCGAGCUCCGGGAAGGAAGAGGCCCCGCGGGCAGAUAUAGCGAGUACACCUUACUGACAGCUCCUCGAGAGCGUAUCCUCGCAGAAUGUAUCAACUCUGAAUUUAAGCAGGGCAGGGUCAGGUUCCCAAAACCGUCUGCACCAAAGCCCCACACCGACAAAUCAAAGUACUGCCGGUUCCACAGAAGUCACGGGCACGUGACCGAAGACUGCGUCCACCUGAAGGAUGCGAUAGAAAUUUUAAUCCAAGAGGGGCACCUGAAGCAGUAUACGAGGAAGAACGAAGCUCCCAGACACGACGAGCCAGAGAAGAAGAGACCCCGGGAAGACACACCCCCUGACAACUCUCCCUAUCAAGUGGCCCUCUGCGUGUCACGACCGGAAGAUUUCUUCCUCCCCGAACCAUUGCCCGAGGGCAAGAUCACUGCACUCAGCCCCUGGGAAAAACUUCCCUACCACACUGGUGAUAUCAGGAGGAGGAACUAA